AUGCGACAGGAGGAGAGUUGCUACUGGCUGCGUUUGCGGGACGAGGGUAACUUUGGACAACAGUGGCUGCGGCAGGAUGGCAAGUCCCUUGGCCUCGGCGUGUUCCUGGAGGCCCUGCCUCCAGGCAUACCUGGACAUGACGUGCGCGAGGCACACAGGAAAGCCCUGUCGGAGGUGCGCUGCGUUCGAAGUGCCUUCAAUCAGCUGCGGGAUGGUGAGGCGACUGGUGAAGCAUGGCGAGAGGUCCCUCGUCUCUCCAUCGCGGAUGCAAUGCUUGGUCAAUGUGCCGAGUCUCGACCUGCUGAGGCACAGCGAGUAGUCGGCGGCCCGGCAAUCGCCCAUCUCCUCCGUGAAGGUUACGUUGCCGUCCAUGAUGCAUUGAAUGAGGAUUUGGCUUCCGAGUUUGUGGUACAGAUGGCAAAGCUUGAUAACGGGUGGAAUCUUCAUGCAGCACCCCAAGCAACACCAGGACAGCGAGGCGACCGCUUGCUAUGGAUCGACGAGAACAUAGCUGUUGGGCGCUAUGGCUCGGAGGCUGUGGCCAAGGCUAUCGGGCUGCUGAAGGGCUUGGCAUCAGAACUGAACCCGGAUCUGACGGCCCACCACUGGAGCAAGAACGCCGCUGGAGAUGCUGCGCACGCGUUGCGUCCGCGGUUGCCGGCAACAGACCAGGCGGUUCUGACGGUGUCGCCCAAAGCACAACUUGCCUGCUAUCCGGGUGAUGGUGCGCGCUACAUUUGUCACCAGGACAACAGAUUCAGGCCAAGCCACGGUACACGGCUGAAUUCUCGAGAGCUCACUGCGAUCUUGUAUGGAAAUCCCGCUGAUUGGGAUGCCCAUCGAGACGGAGGAGCGUUAAAGCUGUAUCCACAGACGGAAGACUUUGAGUCUCCCCCCCUUCCAGAUCAUCCGUCUGUGUGCUUUGCUCCGAGAGCCGGAACGCUGGUGAUCUUCUUCUCCAGCCUCUGGCACGAAGUGCUGCCCGCCUAUCGUCCGCGCCGGGCAUUGACGAUGUGGAUAUUGCGCCCGGAAGAGGAGAUCCACUUGAGCCAACUGCAGCAGAGACCUCGCCCCGCUGACGUGCGCCUGCAAGUCGCGCUGUUUGCAGCCGCGCUGUACUUGCGCCUUGGCGGGACCUACAACAUGACGCUUGUCAGCAGAGGUCUCCAGGGCGCUUUCAGCGAUGAUCAGGCCUGUGUGGCACGAUUCACCAUCCAGGCCCGAGUGCGCAGAGACACGUCGGGUAGCCAGCGAGGGCACGUGGUUAGGAAACCUGCAGACUUGCAGAUAUGUAGUGUAAUAGCGCGGACUUGGCCGAUGUUCAGCUGGUGGAUACAGCUUGGGGUAGUCACCUCGUGGUUGGUGGGUGUUGCAGACUGCGAAGCUCAGUUCGUCGUGACGAGCGGGGUUUGCAAAGCCUACUCCCUCUUCCCCAGCCAAGUGCCUGAUGAGUAUGACAGAGGCCGUUUUCAUGAUCCUACAUUCUGGGACGGUGCUUACGAUUACAACUACGACUACAGCAACUACGGCUACGGCUAUUUCAGCUACACUUAUAGCGCCUACACCGGCGCCUCCGGGCCUAUCAACUGCCCGGCAAAGAGUGGCAGCAUAUGCUGUGUCAGAGCUCCCGGUUAUCCUUAUCGCUAUGACCAGCAGGGAUGUGUCAUCGAGGUGAUCAGCGGCAACGCCAUGUUUCUGCAGGUUAUGGACUUUGAAACACAAGCUGCCGUGCUGAUAGUCAACGGCCAAAAUUACAGCGGAUACACGGGUCCCAGCGGAGUCGUUCCUCAAGGUUCGAUCAUAUUCUCCCCCGAGAUCGAUAGGAACGAAGACUCCCUCCGAGGCUUUGCUGUCUGUCUGGUUCCAGAUGCACCAGAGGCACCUCCACCGUCCCCCGAGGUGCCGAAUGCCGGCUGGAGAGUUCUGAGCGGGAGAUGUGCUAUGGAUGCAGAUGGCUGCAUCUCAAGUCCAAACUUUCAAGAAGGGCUGAAGUAUGACCUGCACGGGUGCUCGAUCGAGGUUGAUGCGAACAACUCGAAGUAUAUGAACAUCUCAUCGUUCGCGACGAGAACGGGGGAGGGGGCAGCAUUGAUCGAUGUCCUGCAAAUCAACGGCCAAUCCUAUUCUGGGUUCUUGGAGUCCGCAGAGCUACUGGCGCCGCCGCAAGGGAUCAUCAGAUGGAUCCCGGGACCACGUGAAGGAAGAUUUGACUACAAGUAUAAGUCUGGAUGGCGGGUGUGCCUAACAGACGGAAUGGCUGCUGAAUCCUCAUGGCAUCGUCUGGGCGCUUCAGAAGAGACCCGCCACGCGCAUUCAGCUGUUUGGGACCCUGUGGAUCAAGCGAUGCUGGUCUUUGGUGGUAAAGUAAACGGCGUUUAUAACCACGCAAGCCGCUUCGUCAAGUACGCUCUCCACGCAAAUGCAUGGACAAGUUUGGAACCGACGUGGAUGACCACAGUCACAACAAGAACGAAGCAUACAGCCGUGUGGGAUCCCGUCCGGCGACAGAUGUUGAUCUUUGGAGGCAAAAGCUUCAACGACGACAAUAACGGAAUUACGGAUUUUACGAGCAAGCUUCACGUUUACGACUUGGAGGACAAUACCGUUACAGAUCCGAUGCCGGCAAUCGCGGGCGGGCUGCCGGAGUCGGAGCUCGGCCGCUAUGACCACACCGCCGUAUGGGACCCACAGCUCCGCACCAUGUGGGUCUUCGGAGGACGACAUGGUACAGGUCUGUGUUCUCCUCUAGCAACAGAAUGUGGUGUUGCUACCGCAGAUCUCUUUUCGUAUGAGAUGGAGGCAAACCUUUGGACCAAAGUGGACGGUGAUGGAGCCCUGCCACCUCCUGCGCAUCGUCAUCUCGCGGUAUGGGCACCCACAGAGCGCUCCAUGUACAUACUUUCAGAUGCUGGCCCUAGCGUCGACUGCGAGUUACAUCCUGGGUGUUCGUAUCAGACGCUACUGCGCUACGACACACAGGGCAACAGGUGGAGCAAGCUGAUUGCCCCAGAGAUGCAGCCCACCAUGUAUUUUGCUGGCCAUAGGGCGGUGGCUGCGUGGGACCCAGCAGCAGGUACCAUGCUUGUUGCCGCAGAGGAUAUCUGGGAGAUCGACCUGCAGGCAAACACCACAGCAGUGUUUGGUGGUGCGGGAAAGAUGGGCUAUCAGCGAGAGGACUUCACAUCCGUCUUCGUUCCAGCUGCACGUCAGCUGCUGGUGUUUGGAGGCGAGAGAGCAAUAGAAGACGGAGGCACCAGGGCCUUGUCAGACAUCAUCUCGUUCCGCAAGGAGAUCUGCCGUCCCGACAUUGACAAUGGUUGCCAGUGUCUGCCGGGAUUCGAGUUGCGCGAGAACAGCAGCUGUGAGCCCUGUGAUGCCGGACGUUUCAAGGACUCUGCCGGCUUUGCUCGAUGUGAGAGCUGCCCCAUCGCCAGCACAAGCCUUGGCCGCGGCAAUGCGGAGUGCAUCUCCUGUCAGCCAGGGUUUACGAACACGGCGGAAGACACAGGGUGUGUCGAAGUUCUUGCAGAAGUCCAGAGCCUGUGGUUCUGUCCUGUUAGACAAGUCUGUGUUGUACGGGGGUUACCUGGCCUGUCCCACUAUGGGCACCACUACAGGAUGCAGCUCACGAAAUCUAACUGCAACGAGACCGAUCGUGACGACACUGGCAUUGGAAUUCUGAACGCAGGCAUGUCUGGAUUUGGCGAAGACAACGGGACGGUCUUUGUAUGGGGCGAAAGCGGUGCAGAUUUCCAGCCUGUUCCGGACCUCCUGAACGUUUGUCUCUGCGUCAGCCGUUACUGCGAGCAUGAGUGGAACUAUGUAUUGUCCGUUGGGCAGAUGUUCGUGGCUGGCCCAUUGUGGGAUCCUACAGAUCCGGAUCCUCCACCACCUGCGGAUUGCGUCAUGGGCCGCGACUGCUUUGACGUGGCAUUUGCCGGAGCUGGCCUGACGUUGACCGGAAGCGAGGUGAGGGUGCAACGGUCUGCAUGCGACUCCAUCACAGUCACAGAGAAGGCACAACAAGCCACCUUGAAGAGGGUGGAGCUCGUUGCAGCCGAUAUGACCUCCGUGCUAACAAUGGAUUUCAAGUUCAUCCAGUUGGAGUAUGACCCCAUCCCGUACUACAUCUGCUGGUGUGGAAGCUCGGUCGAGGGCAACUGCGAGGACCCCUACGCGUGGACACAAGCUGGAGAAAUGAGGAUCGUGGGGCCCUUCAACCCGCACGAGGCGCAUUGUGCUGUUGGCCAGGUCUGCACUUUCCCGCUCAUCACUGGUUAUGGUCUCCGUGGUGGCGACAGAAUCAUGGUGCUUGAAGUGUGCGGUGGAGGAAGCCCCCUGCCGGGUUUUCCCGGGGAUGGCAUGCUCGAAACGCCGGGCAAUGGUACGGACGACGGCCAGGAGUUCCUCUUCAUCGGAGCAUCACAGGAGGUCCGAGGCCGACCCGGCGUCUACCGCUUGUGCUUCUGUCGGCCGGUCCCUGAUGUGGACAACUGCACGCUUGCAGAGCAUUUCACCCAGGCCAUUGGCUUCCUUGUCCUCGCAGGCCCUCUGGAAAAGGUCACGACCUGCGAUUUGGGUGCCGACUGUACGGUGGACUUUGUGGGCUCCAACUUGGCAGCCGGUGAUGAAGUCACGGUCGUUGCAGGCAAUGACUGCAGUGCUGGGCCCACAUCCAUGGGCGCUUUAGGCUACCCGACAUUGACCUCUACCAUGUUCCUCACGAAGACUGGGGCGCGAUAUCAGGCUUUGCUGGGACUGCCGCAGUUAGAAGGCACACCUGGAAUAUACCGCAUGUGCUGGUGUUCGGAAGCUAGCGAUUGCUCCUCGCCAGAUGCAUUCGUGUCGGCCGGACAGCUGGAGCUCACCUGCCCCCCAGGGCGGUACAGCAUGGGCUUGUCUUCAGGUCGGAAAUGUCGAUUAUGUACGAGGGGUUAUUUCUGCGCCGGCGGCAGUACUGACUUCGCUGUGCGCAUAGGUUGCCCUGCGCGCCGCACGACAAAGACGCUGGGAGCCGUGACGCAAGUUGCCUGCGAGUGUGAACGUGGCUAUGAGCUUGGUGAUGACAUACAAAGUUGUGUGAGCUGCGGAAUCGGCUUCUACAAGGAUGAGAUCAGCGAUGCCAGCUGCAAGGCAUGCCCGGAAGGCUUGACCACCUACAUGCAGGGUUCGGUGUCCAACGCUUCUUACAUCGAUCGAGCUGAGCUGCUUGCGGACAGUCGCAAUGUCACCAUUCAAGCAAGCAAUCACAGUACGGUGCCGGCCGUGGUGGUGCGGCUCGAGCUGAUGGACCUACCCGAGGCACAGACCAGCAUGACCAGCGGCCUCUUGGACGAGCUCCAGGCGAUGCUUCGGGCCGCCAUCUCCAAUGUGGUGGGAGGGCAGCAAACUUUGACUCUGGAGAUCCUGCCGGCUGCAGAGCGACGAUUGGCAACAUACAACAUGCAGUUGGAACUGAAGGUCAAACACCGCACGGUGCAAGAAGCACAGGUCAUGCUGCAAGAGUUGGACGUGGAUGCCAUUUCCGCAGGGAUCGCUGAAUCUACGGCAGACAAUCCGAUGUACUCCUCAAUGAGCACUAGGUUGUCUGUGCCCACGCUUUCUGAGGCGACCAUUCUCUGCCCCAUCUACCGCUCCGUACCUCCGGGCGUACAGGUCCUCAGUAGCAGCGGCUGUCAGUGCAGUCCAGGCUACGGCUUCGUUGCGUCAGGAGACAUCUGUGAACUGUGUGCAGAAGGCGAGUACAAGGCGACGGUUGGCAACGUGUUGUGUACGAAGUGUCCGCAGUGGAUGUCCACGGCGGUGAUGGGAGCGGUUUCAGAGGGCCUUUGUCAGUGUGAGGCAGGCCGCUUCGCAGCAGACGGAGGCUGCUCACAGUGCCAACGCGACCACUACUGCCCAGGCAUCUCAGCUGCUGGGGCAAUGUUCCCUUGCCCAAACAACACCUUGACGGCAACCGCCGAUGUAGGCGGCAGCAGCGAAGCCGACUGCAUUUGCAGCGCGGGGUACUUCAGAGAGCAAGUUUCAGGGUGCAUCCCUUGCCGCCGCGGUUACUACAAGCCUAAUGAUGGAGACCAGGACUGCCGCAACAGCUGCCCAACGAACGGUAUCAGCAACGAAGGAGCCGUGGAUGUUGGAGACUGCUUCUGCAUCGAUGGAUACCAUGCAAUCAUGGGCUUGCGCAACGGUACCCAGGAGGAGCUGGAGAGUUGCGCGCCAUGCAAAUACAAGGGACUGACCUGCCAGGGGGGCUUGGACAGCGCUGGUGCACAUCGACAGCCCAUUGCGGAGGUCGGGUUCUUCCAGACGGGCGAAACUCUGGCAGCGAAAUGCCAGGUCUUCUUCCUGGGAGGUGAAUCUGUCUGCCUCGGAGGAAACGAAUGCGCCGAAGGCUCCACCGGCUUCCUUUGUGGUUCAUGCCCUCCCGGUUUCUCACGAAAUCAGUACCCAGACGCUUGCUCCGAAUGCCGUUCAUCAUUCAGCUGGAUGGGAUUGGUUGUCUUCACGGACAUCGCUCAAAACAUCCUCAUUAACUUUGCCGUGGCCUCCUUGGCGGCCAUGGCAGCGGUGAAGGACAGCCGCAGUGUGCAUACGAGCAUGAUCCGAAUCGGCACCCAGUUCAUGACAGCGUGCUCGGUGCUGGGACACUACGACAUAGAUCAACUGCAAGUCUUUGAGUGGUCGCUGGAGGCCAAGAUCAAAGAAUGCUCCCAAAACGAUGACCCUUGCGACGACCUCACGAGCUUGAACUUCGAAUGGCCGAACCAGGUCAGUGCAUGGCUUCGCUUUGUCUCUGGUGUGCUUGACAUCGCAUCGAAGCUUAGCGCGGUGAGCUUUACCCUCUCUUGCUGGGCCGAGCACAUCUCUGAUUCCCCGGUCGUGAAGCAGCUGAUGCCUGGUCUCUACUUCGUUGUUUUGCCUUUGAUGGCGAUCUUGAGCAGCUAUGUGCUUUGCGCAGUCGUGGCUUACAUAGUCGUCCCACUUCUGCGGAAGGUCGGCAUCGAAGUCACGGAGGCAGCCAAGAAGCGGAAGAAGCGGCAGGCGGCGCUCGAAGUGCUCGGGGAUGUGCUGACCCCUGAGCUGAAAGACUUGAAUCUCACUUUCCAGGAUGUCAAGGACUCCUCGGCUUUGGAUGAUCUGGGACUACCAGAGAUCUACAUGGGCAUCGACGACCCGCAGUCUCUCAUGGAAGGCGUGCAGCCCCGCUUGCUGCCAGCACGCUUGAAGAAAGACGCGGAUCGCGUGAAAGAAGAUCCAAGGGUUGUUGCUCUGCUUGAAGUAGCGGACCUGGACUUCUCUGCCUGUGUUGAGAACCCCGGCCUUCUCUCCGAUCUGGACAGCAGCUUGGGAGGGCAACUCGAUCCUUUUGGCGAGCUUGACUUGAACCUGAUGGACCUCUUGGUUCGCCGUGCACUGGCAUUCGCUCUUGUCAAGACCAGCUUUACCGAUCCGCUGCCACUCGACAAGCUAGCUGUGGCUGUUUCGCAGAAGUACUACUCCAUCGGCGAAAUGAAGAAGGCUUCUGAAGGAGAUGAGUUCAUGCUCGUGGCGGAAGAGGUGGCCUCUGUUCUCCGGAUGGAACCUUCUAAUUUCAUCGCGGCCGAGGUGGAGAGCGGCGACACAGAAGAAGACAUGGACACGUUGGAUUUCGGCCUUUUCACGCGGAAGCCUUCUCCAAUGAAGCUCCUGUACCAGUCUGUGCCGGUGAUAUGGGUGACACUGAUCAACAUGUGGCCGGGUCUGCUAUCUCAGUACCUUCAAAUGAUUUGGUGCCAACCCGUGCAGGAGGAGACGGGAGUGGUUCAGCGGCUCCUCCCCCACCCUGACUUGCAGUGCUGGAGCAGUGAUCACAUGCCGCUGGCCGUCAUAGCCAUCGUUGGGCUGGGCUGCUGGUGUGUCGGCAUGCCGCUGUUGCUCAUCCUCGUGAUCUAUAGGCUCAAGGACAAGAACAGCCCGGAAAAUCAGCGAAGGUUCGGAUACUUCAUCAAUGGCUUCGAACCGCGCUUCUGGUGGUAUGAUUUAGUGGUCCGGCGGCUAGACAUUGCCUUCAUGAUGCUGGUCACGUACACCUCCCUCACAGAUGAUCAACGAGCGAAGCUGCUCUCGUAUCCGGUGAUUUCGGGUGCGCAGAUGGCGAUUUGUGCUUGGCUGCAGCCCUUUGAGAACAGUCAAGCGCAGAUAUUAGACUUCUUUGAGAUUGGCCUGGCUAUCUUCCGGUUCCUGCUGUUCAGCAUGGUCUCGGUGAUCCUCAUCUUAGCCCCACGGAGGGAAGCCACAUGGAUCUUGGCAGGUUCCCUAGCCACGCUCUUCACACUGAUGUGCUGCUACCUGGGCUUGCAUAUUCUUGCACAGUUCCUCCGAGACACCUCCCAUCAACUCGAUGAAGCCGAGGAGGACGAGAAGAAGAUGCGCAAAAGUGGAAAACGUGCUGCUGGCAACAUCCUCUCCGGUCUGGCGAGAAAAGUGAAGACCUUUGCUGUGAAGACCGCUGCUCCAUUCUUCCAGGAGCCUUCCGACGAGCAGUACAUGCUGCAGUGGUGCUUUCAUUCCAGUAGCAUUGCCUUCGAAUCAGAAGCAUCAGCCGCGGCACGCAAAAGCAAGGCGUCUAUUCUCGGCAGUGUGCGCCGACGCUUGUUGCGCUUCGGGCGCUUCUAUCAAUAUCGGUCCACCGGCAAGGCGCUGGACGACUUUGCCGGGCUGUGGCUGGGGGUCUUCCGGCAGUCGGCCUUGCCCAAGGAUGCCAUGGAGGUCCUGUGCAUUCUGACGUCGGCGCACAAGUCGGUUCCCUUCAAAACCCCGAAGUCCGACAUACCUUUCCUGUGGAAGAGCCGGAUCCAAGCCUUGUUGGCCGCCAAGGGCGCUGCCACCUUCCGGUUCACGCCAGAUGAAAUGAUCACCGCGAUCCAACGUCUUGGCUCCUUAAGAGCCGCGGAUGCUGUGGAGUUAGUGCAGGCGACGUCUCUUCCAAAGUCUCCGCCACCUGAAAGCAGCGCAGGCAACCUGCAGCUGGUGGACCUGCCGGAUUUGAGGGAGGACGAGCACGGCAUCAGGAUCGAGAUACUCGGAUCGCGGGAGGGGCAGGCGCGGUUUGAUGGUGACCAGACCCCUGCAGAGACCGCGUCCCGGAGCUUUGUGAGGCCCAACGCCGGCGAGAGGGAGGAACGGGAGGAGCGGGAGGAACCUGGAUUCCGAGGUGGGGUUGUCAUCGGCAACCCUUCGGACACUGAGCCGCCCACCUACGAGGUGGAACAAGUCGGUAAAAAGCACAAUGGAGAUCCAACUUUUCAGGCCGUGCUCAACAUUAAAGGCCAAGGAGGGCGCAUCCGAUCCUUGAGAGCUCCGCCCAGGGCAAACGAGGACGACGCACGCGAUGACGGGGAGGAGAUGAAGGAUUGCUUCAUGAAGCACGGCAUGCCCGGUCUGCGGGAGCUCCAGCAGAAGCAGCGCCGCAGUCGGAUCAGCUGA